CAGAAGCAUAAGGAGCUUGAACCGACAUCGUUUCUUAUUAAUCUCUUCACCAUCUCACCAGUCCUAAAAGUUCUUCUUAAAACCCUAAAGCACAAAGACAAAAUCCCCAAAAUCAAUCAAAUAAAGAAUCAAAUCGAAAGAAUAAGGAAAAGAAAAUCAAUAACUUGAACGAAGAUGCCGAACCUUGAAUGUCGUAUGUAUGAAGCGAGGUAUCCAGAGGUGGACAUGGCGGUAAUGAUACAAGUCAAGAACAUCGCCGACAUGGGUGCGUACGUUUCGCUACUAGAAUACAACAACAUUGAAGGCAUGAUCUUGUUCUCGGAGCUCUCCCGCCGUCGGAUUCGUAGCGUCAGCAGUUUGAUCAAGGUGGGCCGAACCGAGCCUGUGAUGGUCCUCCGUGUCGACAAGGAAAAGGGUUACAUCGAUUUGAGUAAGAGGAGAGUUAGCGAAGAAGAUAUUCAGGCUUGUGAAGAAAGGUAUAAUAAGAGUAAGCUUGUUCACUCUAUUAUGCGACAUGUCGCCGAGACUUUGGAUAUCGAUUUGGAGGAAUUGUACGUGAAAAUUGGUUGGCCUCUAUACCGGAAAUAUGGUCAUGCUUUUGAGGCUUUCAAAAUCAUUGUGACUGAUCCUGAUUCUGUCUUGAACAAUCUCACAUAUGAAGUGAAAAAACCUGGCCCUGAUGGACAGGAGGUGACUGAGGUGGUUCCUGCUGUGACUGAGGAAGUUAAAGAUGCUUUGGUAAAAAACAUUAGGAGAAGAAUGACUCCACAACCUCUGAAGAUUCGGGCUGAUAUUGAAAUGAAAUGUUUCCAGUUUGAUGGUGUUCUUCACAUAAAGGAGGCCAUGCGCAAAGCUGAGGCUGCCGGGAAUGAUGAUUGUCCUGUUAAAAUCAAGCUUGUUGCUCCUCCACUUUAUGUUCUUACCACUCAAACUCUUGACAAGGAGCAAGGGAUAGCUAUUCUGAAUAAAGCAAUUGCAGCUUGUACUGAAGCAAUAGAGCAUCACAAGGGAAAACUUGUUGUCAAGGAACAACCUAGAGCAGUGAGUGAACGGGAUGAUAAAUUGCUUGCGGAGCACAUGGCUAAGUUGCGUAAUGAUAAUGAAGAGGUCAGUGGUGAUGAAGAUAGUGAAGAAGAGGAAGACACAGGCAUGGGAGAGGUUGAUGUUGAGAAUGCGGGUCAUGGAAUUAUGGAAUGAGGUUUCUGCAUGCAUAAACAUGAUGGUUACCCUUUUUUUUUUACCAAAACUUAUUUCAAUUUUCCCCCUUUUAUUGCUCUUAUCUUCCAGGCAGUUCAAAACCUCUUAAAAGUGUUGCCAUGUUGAGUUUUUAUUUAUUUUUUAUUUUUGCUAAUAUACAAUAUCUUUUAGCAAGUUUAAUAGAGUGUAGAGAUGGACGACCUGUUGAUUCACAAAUGUUCAAAAUCUCGGAAGGUUGUCUUGUUGAGUUCUUUCCUUCCCCUUGUUAUAGAAAAGGUUGAGGAGUUUUGAUUUUAAUGUGU